UGCAAUUUGCACUGCUGAAUUUUGGACUAGGUACCUAUACGGAUUAGAUCAAUUUAAGAAGUAAUUACAAUUUAAAGUUUAUUUUUCUGUAUUUUGGAUAUUUUUUUUUCUAAACUGCUACAACAUCCAUCAGUAUACACGAUGAAAACCAUUUUAAAAUUGAUUUAUUUUAUCAAAAUAUUCCAAUAUGCGAUUUGCAUUGACUAUGAUGGAUGGCUAAACAUUAAAAUUGAACAUACAAUAAAUUGUAAUGAAAAGUAUUGUACUCGGGGAAACAUUGGGUUAAAGAGUAUUCGAUCUGGAAUUUCGUCAAUAGAACAAACCCCUUUUACCAAACAACACAUUCAAGAACUGAAAGAAAUAGCAGAGUAUGAUGGCUUUUAUUCUAUCAGAACUAUAGUAACUUCUGCAGAAAAUAGAGAAACAGAAUUUUUGUCAUCAGUAAAAGCUAGAGCUUUUUUGGAAAGUGGGCUAUCUGAUGUAAUAAAUGCUUGGGUUUUACCUAAUGGAGCUGUGAUUGUUGUCAGUUUCCAAGUGGCAAAUUCUUCUCGACCCCUAAAAUAUGAAUCUGACAAAGGAUAUUCAAUAAAUUCCAAUUUCUAUCUCCGUCAUGUGGAUCAGGCACCUGUCCCUGACACAGCUUCUUAUAUACAAAAAUUGGAACGUGAAAGAGAGGCUAGAGAAAAGGGGGAUGUCAAAGAUAACAGAUCAUUUUUAGCAAAAUAUUGGAUGUAUAUUGUUCCCAUUGCUAUCUUUGUGAUGAUAUCAGGAGCUACAAAUCCCGAGCCUGCAGCUCAAUCGGCUCGUUAAUAGUAUAAUCUUUAGAAAAUGUAAAACUAGUGAAAUGAAGUUAGUGAAGCAUCUGUAAUAAAUAAUAAAACCUGUUUUA